AGUGCAUGAACCAGCUCACGGUCCACAACAAGGAGGUGCUGUACGAGCUCAUCGAGAAACGCGGCCCUGCCACCCCCCUCAUCACCGUCUCCAACCAUCAGUCCUGCAUGGAUGACCCUCAUCUCUGGGGGAUCCUGAAGCUCCGCCAUAUCUGGAACCUGAAGUUGAUGCGUUGGACCCCUGCAGCUGCAGACAUCUGCUUCACCAAGGAGCUGCACUCCCACUUCUUCAGCCUGGGCAAGUGUGUGCCCGUGUGCCGAGGAGAUGGCGUUUACCAGAAAGGGAUGGAUUUCAUUUUGGAGAAACUCAACCACGGGGACUGGGUGCACAUCUUCCCAGAAGGGAAAGUGAAUAUGAGUUCUGAGUUCCUGCGCUUCAAGUGGGGAAUUGGGCGCCUGAUUGCUGAGUGUCAUCUUGACCCCAUCAUCCUGCCACUGUGGCAUGUUGAAGAUCACCGUGCUGAUUGGGAAGCCCUUCAGUGCCCUGCCAGUGCUCGAGCGACUCCGGGCGGAGAACAAGUCAGCUGUGGAGAUGCGCAAAGCCCUGACGGACUUCAUCCAGGAAGAAUUCCAGCGCCUGAAGACUCAGGCGGAGCAGCUCCACCACCAGCUCCAGCCUGGGCGAUAGGACGCUGUUCCUGGCUGACCAGGCCUGGAGCAGAGACAGCUAGGAACCCUAGGCCAGCCCGCUGUGGCAUGAAGCCAGGGCUGCAGGUGGAUGGAUGCUUUUAGCUCGGGUCUGGUUUCCAGAGGGCUUGGCUCCUGGCCCUCACUGGUGCCCUCCCUAGCCAGGGAACAUUCCAACUGGUCCAUAGCUCUGGGUUAAAGGCAGGGUGUCCCUCAGGUGCCCUCCCACUUCGCUGGGAAUAGAGGACGAAGCUUCUGAUGCUCUUCCCAGGGCUGGCACCAGCAGGGAAGGCAGCUGAGCAUGCAGUAGGGUAGGGAGCAGGUGGCCCAGCUGGAGCUGUGGACGGGGCCCCAGUGCCUCUGUGGUCUGGCUCCCACUGCCCACCUGCACUGACCAAGAAGCUGGUCACAACCUGCUCAGGGAUGGCCGUCAGCCAUAUCUUCCUGCCGCCUGACACCCCCCGCCCCGCCGCCCACAUACAUACACAGGACCUAGCCUCAAACCCUGAGGGCCUAGCCCCUGGUGGGCUGCUGGUGGGGAGGCUACUUCGCCAGAGCAGAGCCCAGCUGAAGGGAACUUGCAGCGAGGGCCUGAGAUCUGGGCCGCAGCCUGGGCCCCAUCGACUCCCUGACAUCACUUCAUGCUGAAGCCUGGGCUUUUGUGGUUUUUAAACAAUAAAGCAUCUUUGUUGUGCAGUUGUA